UUAUAAUAAUCUUGCAGUCCUUCCUUUGUCUCUCAUAUAUAUUUCCCACAAAAAAAGUUGAACACAGUACAGACUCCUGCUGCUCCCCUUCUCUUUCGGUGUGGAUAGGAUCAACAGUGACCAUGAGCGCAGCUUCUUCAACCAGAGAAACCUCCAUGGAAACUGAUCAGGAGGAUAGAGAAGAGCAGGAUACAGAUCGAAGAGGGCAGAGAUUGGUGCUGCCAGAAGAUGGGCAUGGAUGGAAGAAAUAUGGCCAGAAGUUCAUUAAAAAAAUUGGAAAAUUCCGGAGCUAUUUUAAAUGCCAGAAGCAGGAUUGUGUGGCAAAGAAGAGAGUUGAGUGGUCCAACCCUGAUAAUAUUCGAAUAUGGUACGAGGGAUCUCACAAUCAUGCCUCGUCUACACAAGGGACUUCUUCCUCCGCUGCAAAUCAGUACAGCUUGUACGCUCAAGUUUUUGGAUCAGAUCAACCAGCUGCUUCACGCGCGCAUCAUCGAGAUGCUUAAUUGAUUGUUUAUCAUAUCGGUAGUUUCUUUUUACCCACUGAUUAUUCCGUUGUUUAAAAUAUAAUAUAUAUUAUAUUUUAAAAAUUUAUUUAAUAGUUUAAGUUAUUAGAUUAAAUUAAUUAUUUGACAUGAUAUUAGAGUUUUAAAGACCAAGCGAUCACAAGUUUGAAUCUCCUCACCCAUAUUUAUUUAAUAAAAAUUAAGUACAAGAUAAUAUAGGUUUGUGCAAGUUUCAAGUCUAAAGCUUUCACUCGAGGGGGCGUGUUCAAGAAUAAUACAAAUAAUAUCUUGAUACCUCAAUUAAUAGCUUAAACUAUUGGAUUGAAUUAAUUCUUAGACACCAUUAAUUAUUUUCACUACUCAUUAAUCAUGUAAUUAAUUGAUUGAUGAUAUAUUUCACCGGCAAAAAAAAUUAAUUGAUGAUACUAUAAAAAAAUAUUUCUAGUUGUUUAUGACAUGCCUAGACGGACUGGUAAGGUUGUCAAAGAAGCAUCUCAACCCAAUAGCUUAAAUUUUUAAGAUGAAGUUCUAAGAUACGAUGAUUUAUAUUAUUCUUUAACACACCUAUUAUUUCCUAACACACCUUCUCAACUGAAAACCCUUUAAGUUUGAAACUUGCUCAGACUCACAUUACCUUGUGCUUGAUUUUUAUCAAAUAAAUAGAGAUGGUGAGAUUUGAACUCGUGACCACUUAGUCAUCAAGGCUCUGAUAUCAUGUCAAAGAACUAUCUCAACCAAAUAGCAAAAACUUUUAGGCUAGGUUCUAAGAUGUGAUUUAUAUUAUUCUUUAAUACAAGCUUGGAUGACCUAAACAACCAAAACUUUAUCAUAGGCUUGAUGUU